UGGCCCAAUAUUGCACAUGCCAACCUCGAGAGCAGCUGAACGUGCUCUAGUAUGAAGCUGAAUAGGUCUCCUCUGCAAUUUGUGCUUUGUGGCCUGAUACGGUCCUGAAAUACAGGCAGGAUGAAAGACCGGCUAAACGAGCUGUAUGAAUUUGCCAGGUUACAUAAUGAAGAGUUUCCUGACAGUGAGAAUGAUGAAAAUUCACCCCAUGACACUCUCCUUUAUGAGACUGAUUAUGCCUUGGCAACUCUUCAUAAAGACAUACAGAGCAUCCGAACAGAAAAUAGCCACCUAAAAGAAGAUGUCAAGAGGCUCCGAAAACAAAACAGCCGCUUCCUUACUUCCAUGCGUCGUCUUAGUAGCAUCAAACGAGACACUAAUAGUAUUGCCAGAGACAUCAAGGCCCGUGGAGAAGGCAUCCAUAGGAAACUCCAAAUAAUGAGAGAUUUCAGUGAAGAUGCAGUAACAAAAUAUGGUGCCACGUCUGUCAUUGCCAGGGUAGCAAAGAACCAUUAUGUUGACCUCAUGCACACCUUUCAGGAAGCCAUGUUUGAGUACAACGCGGCAGAGAUGAACCAACGGGAGAACUGCAAGAUUCGGAUUCAGCGGCAGCUAGAGAUUAUGGGCAAAGAUGUUUCUGGCAACCAGAUUGAGGAGAUGAUCGAGCAAGGCAAGUGGGAUGUCUUCUCUGAGAAUCUCCUGUCGGAUGUUAAGGGGGCUCGCUCAGCCUUGAAUGAGAUAGAGACGCGUCAUAAAGAGCUGGUGAAGUUAGAAAGUCGCAUCAAGGAAGUUCACGAGCUCUUUCUGCAGGUGGCUCUGCUAGUGGAGGAACAGGCAGACACCUUCAACAUCAUUGAGCUAAAUAUGCAAAAUGUUGAAGACUAUGUAGGAGAAGCCAAAGAACAAGUUAAAAAAGCUUUAGAAUACAGAAGAAAACACCCUCUCAGAACAAUCCUCUGCUGCUGCUUAUCAUGUUGCAGAAGGUGAUUAUCCUACUGAAGCUAUCGUGGACCAACUUGAAUGUCUUCAAAAUCUUUCCAGCGAUUUUUCUUUAAUGACAACCCCUAGAACUUUGAGGGGUUGUUGUGUGGUGGUACUGAAGGUACUUCUAUUUAUGGGCUACUAGAAAUGAUGGUAAAACUGUUUUGUAUUUGUUUUUAUUUGAGAUGUAUUCUGUUGCUGUAACUAGAGGUGCAAGUGUUAGGAAGCUCUCUGUGCAAUGAUACUUGUUUCAGAUGGGCACUAAAGAAGAAUGAAUGAUGGGCUGCUAGCUUGGCCCAGGGAAAAUGAGAAAUUCCAGAGAAGUAACUUUAUUCUUAUUUGUCAAAGUGAGACUGCAGGCGGUGCAGACAUACUGCCUGUGGUGACACAAUACAGCACAGAAUCAGAAGUUUUGAAUUUUAACUAGUUUGGAGCUUGCUUGAUGCAAAUGCUGGAGCAGAUUUUGCUCUGUUCCUUUGACAAAAUAUUGAACCUGCUAGCAAUUUAGCAGAAGACACAGAACUAGUUACAAUUUCAACCUGAUUUCCAUCUUUCCCUGGCCUUAACGAGAGUAAACCGCACAUUAAAUUAUAAGUACCUUUUGCUCUGUUUGUGUGUAAAUGAUUGAUUUACUCCAUUUUAAAGCCCACAGCCUUGCUAGAAGCACUGCAACAUUGUCGCAUCUCACUGACUCUUUUUUAAAUUGAGCCACUGUCUGAUACUCUUAAUUUCACAACUGCUAAGCCUUUAAGCUUCUAAUAUAUUUUUCUGCCAAGUAACACAUCAGCCAGUAGAAGACAUGCAUGCGGUAGCCUUCUAUAGAAGCACCCAUAAAAAUACAACAGUUUAGAGUCUUUUGUGCUGGCACAUACACGCUUGCAGUUUAGUGGAAGGCUUCCCCUGUCAAUAGACUUUUUUUUAUAAGCAUUGAUUUAAUAUUUUUAUAUAUUUUAAAUAAUGUGAAGGAUUAAAUUUAUUAACAUUCAAUUUCACUGAUGUACAAAAGUUAAGGUUUUUCUCCCAUUGCUAGGAAAUUUCUGUGUGCGAAAGCAAACAGGCAUGUUUCUUCAGUAUACCUGAAGAAGGCAACAUUUUAACGUCAUUUCAAUCAUUUUUUCAAGCUUAAAAAUAAUCUUUUUUCCUCCAAGGGGAGUCUGGCCACGGUAGGUUUGGAAUGCAAGGAGGAAAAAGAAAAUAUUUGCAGCUGUAGAAACCACUGAGCAUUGUCAGUGAAGCACGUAUUCAUAAGUUCUUGGGAGUGAUUUUAGCUCCCACUUCAGGAGGUUCUCCAACUAUUACUAGGUGGCUUCCUGAUACACUGUGAUCUAUUGCUAUCCUUUGAAUUAAUGCAGGUCAUUUUUUCAAAAGUAGUGACUUUUAUUUUAACUGCUCCUGUUUGUAUGUAUUGUAAUAAAUAUAUUUAAACAUUUCAAAUAUUUUGUAUUUGAGAGUUUUCAUCAGGAGAUGUGCAUUGCCAUCUUCCUGCACCAGUCACAAUUAAACUUCUCUCUUUUGGUCUUUUGCACGCUAAUUUUAUAUGUAAAAAAAACCAAACCCCCACCAUUUCUUACUAUUUAUAUUAAUGUAACAAAACAGUGAAAUAAUUUCAACUUCCAAGUUUUCCUAUCCUAGUAGGAAAUGCUUUUGUGCUAGACAGGCCUUUUCACACAAAUAGAAGCUAAAUAGAUACAGAACACUUCUCAGAAACUGAAAGCCUUUUUAGUUGAAGCACCUGUCUGUGAUAACAUGGAAGAGUGAGAAAUACUGAUCUUCUAAACUAGAAGAUAUUUGGAUAUUCAAUGCUGUCCUAAUGACAUCAGUAUUACACUUGCUUGAGGACUUCUCAAACAACUCAAAAUCCAUACUUGAAGUGGGAGAAAGGAGGGUAUUGAGCUGGCACCAUUACUAUUGUUGUGGUGCUACUCAGGAAGAGUCAUUUUACUCCAUAGGUACUGACAUGCAAGUCGGUCGAACUGUGCAUUUGAAGAGAAUAUCCUGAACAUCAGGGGGUCAGAACGUGGGCCUAAAUCAAUGCAGCAUAAAUUAUGUAUUUUAUUUAGUCUGUAUAUUCUUGGCACUCACCAAUGCUUUUGAUAAGGAUGUGUAAAUUUUUUUUGUUCAUGUCUUUUUUGCACAUACGUAU